UUGGCCAUUUGAAGCAAGGAUUAUAAGUUGCUGCUUGCUCAGAGUCUUGAACUCUAAAACCAAAAACUUCCAUUUGCUCAAUGGCCUCCAUUGCUUCAUCAUCAUCAUCAUCAUCUUCUUCUUUUACCUUCACCGCUUCCUCCCCAUUCCUCUCUCGUCCCAAACUUGGUACCCAUCCCUUCCCUCCUGCUCUCUUGUCAAUCCCUCGUUUGACCCCAAGAAAAACACCCAACUUAUCCCUAUCUCUCACCACUGCGGCGGCGACCUCCAAGUCCGGCGGCGAAAAUGCGGUCCCCUCGAAAAACCCAAAAGAGACCAAGAAAGAAGUAGUUGAAGAAGAGGAAGUGGAGGUGGAGGAGGAACUGCCCUGGAUUCAAGAGAAGGCAUUGGACCUUGUUGAGUUCACUGGUUCUGUUACUCAAGCCAUCCCUGGACCCAGAGUCGGCACAAGCUCUUUGCCUUGGAUUCUUGCUGUUCCUUUGGCUUAUGCUGGUAUCACUUUUGUCAUUGCUUUUGUCAAAACCGUUAAGAAAUUCACUUCUCCCAGGCACCAAAGAAAGAAAUUGGUUAAUAAAAAUGCAAUGCUUUGCAAAUCCAUCGAUGAGUUGUUUCAGCAAGGAAGUGAUGCAGUAGAUAAUUCAGCAUUGAAGGGAUUAGUGCAAAAGACAGGUUUUAGUGUGGAGGAGAUUCUGCGCAAGUAUAUUAGGUAUUCGUUGAAUGAGAAACCAUGGAGUGCAGAUUUGAUUUCCAGCUUGAUCCAGCUCAGGAAAGCUUCAAUGCUUGAUGAUUCUCAGAUUGCUGAAAUUUUAAAUGAUAUCUCAAGACGGAUCGUGCGCGAAAAAGGCCCAGUUGUCAUGGACAUGUCAGGGUUUACAGAAAAGGGAUUUAAGAGGAAACUUGCCGUGCAGGGCCUUUUUGGGAAGGUUUUAUAUCUAUCUGAGUUGCCGGAGUUCUGCUCAAGGGAUAGCUCCUUGAUUGUGAAGGAAAUAUUCGGGGUUACAGAUGAGGACGCGGACAAGCUCCGGCUACACACUUUCUCCGAAGCUGGGGAUAUGGAUUGGCUUGAGAAGAUGGUUGACGGUUCCAAUUCAGAAGAUUCCCAUGAAGAUUCAGCUGAUGCUGUUUGAUGCCAUAAUAACGAAAUUAUAAUCACCAAAGAUUUUGAGGAAUACCCAGGGUUUGAUCUCCACCCAGAAACUUACACCCUCAAUAAAUGUUAAUGAGCAAUGUUUUUUUCCGGGAUUACUUGAAGUUCAAAAUUUUGAUGAGUUGGUCCCUUAUAUGGUAAAGCUCAAUUUGUAUACUGUUCAAUUAUUGUGUAAUUGUUGUGAUAGUUUUGUAUGUUGAAAUUAGAAUUUGAGAUUUGAACGUAUAUUAAACGUAGAGUUAUAAAGAGUUGAUCAACCAUUCAGCAGGAUGGUAUUUUUUUUA